UCAAUGAGCUUUUAAAAUGGGUAAAAUCAGCGAGUCCACGAACACAAACCCUUGAAACCAAAAAACCAAAAAACCCUAAAAAUCCCAAUUUUUUCAUUCCUUUGAAGAAGAAGAAGAAUGGGGAAACCUUCAAAUUCGUCGGAAGAUAUUCACGCAGCAGCUCGAGCAGGUGACCUCGUUGCCGUACAGACCAUUAUCACCUCUAAUCCGCUGUCUGUUAACUCCAGGGAUAAACACUCCAGAACUCCAUUACACUUAGCAGCAUGGGCUGGUCAGACACAGGUGGUGAAUCUCCUCUGCAAGAACAAGGCAGAUAUCGGUGCUGCUGCCAUGGAUGACAUGGGUGCAAUUCACUUUGCUGCUCAAAAAGGUCACUUAGAAGUCAUUCGAACACUUAUUUCAUCCGGGGUCUCUGUAAAAUCCGCAAACCGUAAGGGCAUGACUCCGCUUCACUACGCUGUGCAGGGAUCCUAUACCGAUCUCAUCAAAUACUUGGUUAAAAAAGGUGCAAACAUAAAUACAAAAAAUAAGGCCGGGAAGAGCUCUCUUGAUCUUGCAACCACCGAAGAGAUUCGUUCAUUGUUAACGUGUCCAGUAGAACCGAAAGAAACGGAUAAGGGAACCGACUCAAAGACGGAAGAGGGUCAACCACAAGUGGUUCCUGAAGAUCAAACCGAGGCUUGUCGAAAUGACGGGGAAAAGGAGAAAGACGGGUCACAAAACGAUGAGGAAAAGGAGGAAGACGGGUCAAACAAGAGGAAGGUUGAGGACGAUGUAAAGAACGAGGCGACUGUAGGAACUAAGAAGGCUAAGGUUGCUCUUGGUCAUCUUUUAACAUCAGAUGACACACAAGAAGAGGAGGACUAGAAGUGUUAUUAAAGGUGAUGAAUGAAUGAUGGUAUUGUUGUUUUGGCUUUUGAAUGUUCAACUUUAUUCUCUUAUAAUAGACUCAGACCAUAACCAAAAGGUUAGUAUUUACUAAUAGAAAGUGAAGAGUUUAGCAUUU